AUGAAAUCUAGGAUCGUCAAGCGCUUAUUGACACAAGCUACGAGGAAUUCAAACAACAGAUUCUCAAUAUUAUUUGCCAGCGCUACUUCAAGAGUAUCAGGAGGAUCGAACUCUUUCACACGACAGACAUUGCCCAUUCUAUCCUCUUCUUCUGCUGGUGAUAUUCAAUGGAUCUCCUCGACUACAAACGACAAUGACGACAAUGAUGAUGAUGAUGAUGAUGAUGAUAAUCUGCACAAUGGUACCCAGUCAUUAGCGGAAGAAUACGAGGAGGACGAUGGAGAGGGCUUUGAUGAGAUGUCAUAUUCCAACUAUGAUGACGAUUUUGAUGACGACGACAACGAUGACUUUCGUCCACGCAAACAUAAUCGAAACCACAACUCGAAACGGGACGAACAAGAAGAAGAUGAGCCCAGGAGGCUGUACUUGGAUCCUAGCACCAAGUUGGAAGACCGAGUGGAUAUAUUUCUCAAUCGAAAGCUGGGGACGAUGCACCCGCUGGAUAUUCGACUAUCUUCUGUCGAUCUCAUUCGAGAAUGUGGCAAAAUGAACUCUUUUGAGGGCAUGAAGUUUGCCCACGACAUUUUGGAUCGCAUCUUGGAAGAAAAACGCUUUGUGAAUCAAGAUGAAGAUGGAGAUAACAAAGAAUCCGUGAUAUUCAUUGCCGAGCGACCCUUUCAGGUCUUAAUGUACGGUUGGUCCAACCUAUCCCGCAAAGUCUCGGCGGCACCUGAGCGAAUGCGAGAAGUUUUGGAAUUGAUGAUACAAGAAGCAGAAUAUGAUGAACAGACGAGACGAGAAAUAAGAGCCAUCGGCAACAUUGAUGAAGAAGUGCUAGCAAGUUUGCCGUCGUGUCAGCCGACGGUUGACAUUUACAACACUCUCCUCCAAGGUUUGGGACAAGCAUCCUAUCGGUCCAUUGCAGCGGCUGGGGAAGCCGAAGUCGUUCUAAAUGUCAUGAUCAAGCAGAAUCAGAAGCGUGGUUGGCAUACGAAACCAACCACAAAGAGUUUCACUCUUGCUAUUACAGCCUUUGGCAAGACACAACACUCCACUGCUGGAAAGCGCGCGGAAGCCAUUCUUCGUAAAAUGAUCGAGUACCACGAGGAGGAGAAGCAAUCAUAUCUCGAGGAGACUGGCACCGCAUAUAAUUUGCAUGAUCCAUCUGCCAAUGUACGAAAUAUUGUCACUCCCGAUACGAUUGCCUACAGUGCUGUCAUUCAAGCCCAUGCCAAAAGCAAUGCCAAAAAUUCCGCCGAGGCAGCACGGGAUCUGUUGGCGGAGCUGUUGGAAAGCGACCACCCCUCCUUGGUUCCUGACGCCUACGUCUUUGCCAAUACGAUCAAUGCAUAUUCAAGCCUAGCAGCUAAGAAAAAGUCGCCAAAAGCUAGAUUGGAAGCUGCCGAAAAUGCCGAGGAACUUGUGUGGCUGAUGGUGGACCAACUCGAGCAUUUCAAACCAGAAGAUGGCGAGGUUAAUGCGGAUGAAAAUCCCAACGUUACAGAUCCCCCGAAACGAAAGAUUGUCGCCAAGAAAAAGAAAAACCAGCGGAGUGACGGCCUAUCCAGUGUCGUUCCCUUUAAUGCUUGUUUGAAUGCUUGGGCGGCAAGCAAUGCUCCCGGAUCCGCCGUUCGUGCUGAAGAAUUGUUGCACAAAAUGUUGGAUCCCGAAUUCGUGGAGACUACUGGCAUUAUUCCGAAUACUACUUCCUUUAAUACUUGCAUGCAAGCUUGGGCCAAGGCGUCCUCCCGCAAUGACGACUCGGCUCCUGAAAAGGCGGAAGAAUUGUUGAGUCUCUUGACAUCCUUGAAGGAUGGUGGCAUUGCUACUGCGGACAUUACAUCCUACAGUACCGUCAUGACGGCCUAUGCCAAAUCCAAUCGUCCCGACAAGGCUGUCCAUACUCGAAGAUUAUUGGAAAUGCUCAUUUCCUCCGCGUCCGAGGUGGCGGGCAAGCUUAGUGCGGUACCUUUUACGGUAGUAUUGAAUGCCGUGGCACACAGUCCCAGUCCGUACGAUGCUGCGGGCAGCAGCUCACCAAAGAAAGAAGAAGACGAUGGUGAUGCCUUUGGAAUGGAGGACAGUGAUGCCUUUGGAACGGAUGCUGAUAGCAAUAAUAGUAGUGGCGGUGAUGCUUAUUCCAUUGGCCUCAAGACCUACAUGGAAUUGCAGCAAGACAUGUACGAUUUGAAGGUCUAUCCCGACCAUUUGGUGUAUUCUACCAUGUUGGAUGUGAUUGCCAAGCAUACAGAUGUUGAAUCCAUUGAACGCCGGCAACGAGUGGAACAAGUUAUGGAAGAUGCUUGCGCUGCUGGAGAAGUCAGUACGUUGGUGGUAGGGAGUCUGCAAAAGGCUUGCUCCAAAGACAUGCUGCAACACUUGUUGCAAGUCCCAAAUCCCACUGGCAUUUCCAGUGUGAAUGCCUUUCCUCGUGCUUGGACGAGAAAGGUGCAACCCCGAUUCCGCAGGUUCCAAGGCAGUGGUGGUGGUGGUGGUGGCUCUAGCUCUGGCUACAACAAUAAGAACAAUAGCAACAAAAGGAGAAACAAUCACAGCGGCAAUUCAAACAGCCAUAAGCGGGACAAGUACAAGGGAAAACGAAAUGCUCAAUGA